AUGGACAAGAGUUGGAUGAAUAAGUCAAGACUAAGUCAAGAAUAUGUUGAUGGAGUUGACAGAUUUCUUGAUUUUGCAUUUAAUAAUUCAAGCAGUGAUAAUAAGAUUAUUUGCCCAUGUGUAAAAUGUGUGAAUGUACGUUGGCAAUCACGUGAAGUAGCAUUCGAUCAUUUAGCAUGUGAUGGUAUUAUACAAGGGUAUACUUGCUGGUUUUUCCAUGGAGAAAGUGUUCCUUCUACAAACAUUUCUUCAACUAGUUCUACCAGUCAUCUUGGGACAAACAACCCAUCCACCGGACAAGAUGGUAUGGAGGAAUUGUUGCUGGAUGCCUUUAACAUGCAACAUCACCUUGAUGCCCCGGAAUUUGUUGCUUCGCAUCCUACUGAUGAAAUGGAAGAUGGUAAUGAAACCCACCAAGGGUUAAAUGAAGAACAACCUUCUAAGGAAGCGUCAAAGUUCUACAAACUUCUGGAGGAUAUGAAUGGAAAGCUUUAUGACGGGUCGAAACACUCUACAUUGUAUUUUUGUAUCUGUCUUUUUCACUUAAAAUGCAUGUGUGGUAUGACUGGUAAAUGGUUGGAUUACUUGAUUGACUUUUUGAAGGAGUUUUUUCCAAUGGCCGCAAUUCCUGCAAAUAGUCGUGAAUCAAAGAAGGUCAUAAAGGAUCUAGGUCUCGGGUAUGAGAAAAUCCAUAGCUGCCCAAAUGACUUCCAUAAGCGACCGGCUAAGGUUAUGAGGUACUUUCCUUUGAUACCAAGACUGCAGAGGAUAUUCAUGUCCUCAAAAACUUGUACUGAUAUGUCUUGGCAUGCUAAUAGUCGCAAAAAAGAUGGCAACUUGAGACACCCAGCCGAUGUUGAGGCAUGGAGAUCGUUUGAUGCUAGAUACCCGGACUUCGCUUAUGAUCCUCGAAAUGUUAGGCUUGGCCUAUCCUCCGAUGGUUUUAACGCAUUCAAGUUGUUAAGCACAUCGUAUAGUACUUGGCCAGUGGUAUUAAUUCCUUACAACUUGCCACCUUGGAUUGGAAUGAAACAAUCCUCCUUUAUUUUGUCCAUGAUUAUUCCGGGUGACAAGGGUCCAGCUUUGCUAUGGACUAUAAAUGAUUUCCUAGCAUACGCCAAUUUAUUAGGUUGGAGCACAAAAGGAAAAUAUGCAUGCCCUUGUUGCACUUCACAUACUUCUGCAAGGUGGUUAACCAAUGGGAGGAAAUUUUGUUACAUGGCACAUCGUCGGUGGUUAAAUGAAAAUCAUCCAUACAGAUUCCAAAAGCACUUGUUCGAUGGUACAAUAGAGUUACGUGGACCUCCUUCAAUCCCUACCGGUUCAGACAUUUUACUAAUGCUAAAAGAUGUUCAACCAAUCUAUGGAAAAAGGAAGAAAGGUAACUUGAGUAAAUCAACAACUUCAACUUUAAGAAAAAGACAACGGGAUGGUGAUGUAGAUAGUGAUGAUGAUGACCAACAUGAAGAUGGCCCGCAUGAUGCAGAGUUAUGGAAAAAGCGAAGUAUCUUUUUUGAUUUGCCGUAUUGGGAGCAUAACCUACUACGCCAUAACCUUGAUGUCAUGCACAUUGAGAAGAAUAUUUGUGAGAAUAUAGUUGGAACUAUUCUUGACAUAGAUGGGAAAUUGAAGGAUAACAUGAAAUCUAGAGUUGAUAUGGUCGAAAUGGGAAUUCGCCAUGAGCUUCAUCCAGAAUAUCUUUCAAAUGGAAGAACAAGGCUACCCCCUGCUUCGUUUUCGAUGACAAAAAAGGAGGACAUGUUUUGCCAAGUUUUGAAAGAUAUCAAAGUCCAAGAUGCAUACUCUUCAAAUAUUUAA